UUUUGUACAUGCUAGAAAAUAUUUUUCCUUUAAGUUUUUUUACUUUACGUUUUAAAGAAAAAUUAAAACCAGCCAAUACUUUUCUUGUUUUUAUGGCUUCACGUAGACGUGCAAUAGGUGUUGGAGCUGUUCAAAAGAAGCAAGAUAUUCAAGCUAAAUUUCAAGCAAAAGGUGAACAGUUGGCAAGUGAACAACUUCAACACUUUUCUCAACAAUUGGAUGUAUUUACUGGAAAGUUGGAAGAAUUUGCUUCAAAACACCGUGAUGAAAUAACAAAAAAUGCACAAUUCAGACGUUACUUUCAAGAAAUGUGUACGACUGUUGGUGUUGACCCUUUGGCAUCAAGCAAAGGAUUCUGGACAGAGAAGUUAGGCUUUGGUAGUUUUUAUUACGAACUUGCUAUUCAAAUUAUUGAAGUUUGCAUGUCAACAAGUCAAGAAAAUGGUGGAUUAAUUACAGUUGACGAAUUGCGUAAUAGAUUGAUGCGUUCUCGUUCAAAAACUCGAAAAGAAUCAAUCUCCCAUGAUGAUGUGAUGCGUGCUGUUAAAAAAUUAAAAGUAUUAGGACAUGGUUUUGAAUUAAUUGCACUUGGUGGUGAUCGUUUUCUUGUACAAAGUGUGCCUGGAGAGUUAAGUAUGGACGAUGCAAGAGUUUUACAAUUGGCAGAAGAAACGGGCGGUUAUGUCAGUCAAGAAUUAAUCUGUGAUCAAUUUAGAUGGGAUACACAAAGAAUCGGGAGGGUUCUUGACAGACAAGUAAAAGAUGGAAGAGCUUGGGUUGAUGAACAAACUGAUCCAAUACAAUUCUGGUUUCCUUCUCUAUUUUUGGAGCAAUUUUCUCUUGUUACAACUGUCGGAGGAAGUGAAACAGCAAGUAUGCUUUCUUCAAGCAUGCGGUGA